AUGGCCGAUUUCGACUUGUCUCGGGACUUUAUCCCUGCCCUUCACAAGCCUUCUUCUCUACUGCCAAUUGCCCGUCAUCGCAAAAGUCUUCUUUAUUUGAUAGAGACAUAUCCUGUUGUCAUCGUUGUCGGUCAGACUGGAAGCGGUAAAACAACUCAAAUCCCUCAGUUUCUACAUCAAGCAGGAUGGUGCGAAGAGGGAAAGAUGAUUGCAGUCACUCAGCCCCGUAGGGUUGCUGCUACUACGGUGGCUGCGAGAGUCGCUGAAGAAAUGAGAUGCAACCUUGGUCAAGAGGUCGGAUACUCGAUCAGAUUCGAGGACGUAACCUCAGCAGCCACAAAGAUCAAGUUUCUGACAGAUGGUUUACUUUUGAGAGAAGCACUCGUAGAUCCGUUGUUAUCACGAUAUUCGGUAAUCAUGGUUGACGAAGCCCAUGAACGCUCUCUGAGUUCAGACAUAUUACUGGGAGUCUUGAAANAGAUCAGGAAACGCCGACCGGAUUUGAGGGUUAUCGUCAGCAGUGCGACUCUGCAAGCUGAAGACUUCCUAGACUUCUUCACACGCGACGAAGGCAAUCCAGAGAGAACGACAAACACAGACGAACCUGGUGGCGACAUUGGUCGCAUCGUGAAUCUCGAAGGCAGAAUGUUUCCAGUCGACAUUCAUUACCUGACAGCUCCUGCCGAGGAUUACGUUGAACGUGCUGUCCAGACUGUCUUCGAUAUUCAUACACAGGAGGGCGAAGGCGACAUAUUGAUCUUUCUGACCGGUCGCGAGGAAAUCGAUACGUGCAUAUCCAUGAUCGCUGAUCGCUUGCCUUCCCUACCUCGUGGACCACAAGCGCUCCAACCACUACCACUUUACGCUGGCCUCUCAACCGAACAGCAGAUGUACGUCUUCGAACCUGCAGCAGAAGAGACACGAAAGGUCAUUGUGGCUACAAAUAUCGCAGAAGCUUCAGUAACCAUCCCUGGUAUUGUUUUCGUCAUCGACUCUGGUUUCGUCAAAUUACGAGCAUUCAACCCGAGCACAGGCAUCGAGACUUUGACAGCGACUGCGGUGUCCAAAGCUGCCGCAACUCAGAGAGCUGGUCGAGCCGGACGAACAAAGUCUGGUAAAUGUUAUCGACUAUACACAGAAGCUGCACAUGAUUCUCUGGAAGAUGCCUCUGUCCCUGAGAUCCAAAGAAGUAACCUCGCUCCAGUGAUUUUACAACUCAAAUGCUUGGGCAUCGACAACAUUGUUCGCUUCGACUACCUAACACCACCGCCAUCAGAACUCGUUGUCCGAGCACUGGAAAUGCUAUACUCUUUGGGCGCAUUAGACGACUAUGCAAGACUUACUAAACCCCUGGGUAUUCGCAUGGCAGAACUGGCUGUAGAACCCAUGAUGGCGAAGGUUUUGCUUUCCGCACCGGAUUUUGGAUGUCUUAGCGAGAUCUUGACAAUUGCUGCUAUGACGACUUUACAAGGCGCAGUCUGGUUCCAACACGAAGGAGAAAAGAAGGCCAUGGAGUCAUCAAGAUGGAAGUUCGCAGUGGAAGAGGGCGAUCAUCUGACAAUGCUCAAUGUGUAUCAAGCCUUCGUCACUAAGGGCAAGAAAGAUGCUUCUUGGUGCCGCAAUCACCACCUCAACUUCAAGAGCAUGACCAAAGCUGUCAGUGUGCGGAACCAGCUCAAGCGAUACAUGGAGCGGUUCGGCAUCAACGUAGACGAGUCGUUGAGCUCGAAGGGCGUAUUGACAGUGGGUGGUCCGGACAAGGCAGAGCAGAUUCGUCGAUGUCUGACAGCAGGCUACUUUGUGCAUGCGGCCAGAAUGCAAGCAGAUGGAACAUUCCAGACUGUGGAUGGCAGCAUGACGUUGCACGCACAUCCCAGCUCUCUGAUGUUUGUAAGUAAUUCUUCUUUUCUGGUGUCUCGAUGCAAAAGCGCUAACUGGCGAAACAGANAUCGAAAGGCGGAUUGGGUCAUCUUCCACGAAGUCAUGCAGACAGGAGACAAGACGUUCAUCAGAGAUAUAACAAAGAUAGAAAAGAGCUGGCUGACAGAGUAUGCGCCUGCGUAUUACCAGAUACGCAAGUAG